CCGGCUUCUCCACCCUACACAACCAGCCCGACAGGUCCAAUGUACCCCUUUCGUCCUUUGGCGGCGAACACCAACAACAGCAUUCCCUAUCCAUGCCCGGUCCUCCAGCACCCGCGCCAAUGUACGCCGCCGGCCAGACACCUCCCCCACUGCCCAAAGUUGGCGAGACUCGUUGCUAUUGGACGCUGCUCACGACGGACUUAAGGAUCAUCUACGCAGACCCCGUGCUGGCCAGCCAUCUCGCAGAGCAGGCGGACGCCUUGAUCGGUAGGGAGGUCCUGGAAUACGUUCACCACGAGGAGCGCGCCUCCGCGCGUGCAGACUUGAGACGUGCACUGGAAGACAACGGCAGCAUCACUAGGGUGAGAUUCUGUCGACUAUCGCGGGUACGAAGGGAACUUGGCUAUCGCGGUCCUCCGCCCGCCUGGUCCCAAGCAGUGAAGAUCGUUCUCGACGCCGACUAUAUGGCCGUUGACAUUGUCACGAGUUGGGCGGCAGAAGGGUUGGUUUUAUGUUUUAUACAUGCGGCUAUAGAUCUGGGCGACGAUGACAACAACGAACGCCGCAAGACUCCGUGGACCAACUGGUGUGGGACACCGUACAUGGCCCUUGAGCAGAUCAAUCUCUUGUACCACCGGUUACAGCAGCAUCUACCGCGUCCUAGGACAAACCCGAGCAGGGUGUUCCAAAUAUUGUCCAGUCAGCCCGGGAACAAUCUCAUGCUCACUUGGCCCCCAGAGCCCUUUUCGGAUGCUGUGUCAAGGGAGUCUGAGAGGGACUUCUCGCGACGAGUCGACAUGGUGCAGCCGAGCAUACAUAACAACGCCAAGACUAGCUGUACGAGGCGCUGGCGGCUCUGCGAACCCAUGCCCGGAAUUCCGGGUAUGGUGGACAGCGUGUUCACGCUGCAUGGCUCGAUUAUGUUUGCUUGUCACGCCAUAGAGAUGCCAGGCCGCGCUUCUACUUCGUAUAACUCAGCGCUCUACAGACAUCCCGAGACUUUACGUCCGUCAAAUCAAUAUCAACAUGAAAUCGCCGCCAACCAAUAUGGUAUUACCCAUAUCGCCUCUCCAGCUCCGCCUUCCACAUCUCGCUAUGUUACCUACGUGCCUAACUCUGCCCCAUCUCAGUAUUCUACGGAUUCCUGGUAUACACAGAACGAAACUCCCUCCAGCUCUCUCGCACAGUACAGUCGGUACACUCCUGGCAGCCCUUCUCAGUCGACAUCUUUAGGAGCUUUGGCCGCGUCUGCUCCAAAAGAGCCAAAUUACUUUCCAGCUCUCGAUGCUCCUGCGUAUCCUCCCUUUGAUGGCAGCUCCAGGGACUCUCCCAUGGGACACCGCCCCACCAGCCCGGAAUAUGCUCGCCCACAUCAAAGUGUAGAUGACAUUUCGCAAACGGCCGGGCCUGACGAUACCCCUGUGCCUCCUACAAGACGCCGCGUAAGCCCUGGAUCUGGGCGGGAACCCUCGGUUCGUAUGAAUAACCGGCCCGUUGGUGUCUUGCAGUGUACCAGCUGCAAAGCGACGCAGAGCCCGGAAUGGAGAAAAGGGCCCAGCGGCAAGAAGGAGUUGUGCAAUGCAUGUGGGUUGCGGUUUGCCCGUUCUCGAGCGAAAAAGGAGGGCACCGCCCCGACGGGGCAGCGGAAGAAGAAGGAGAGGGCAUUGAGCGCUAUGAGCAGUAGCAACGUCGGAAGGGCAGGUUCACUCCCACCUGCCUCAGAUCCUAUCCCGGUGCCAAGCCCCAGUCACGGAAUGCGACAUAAUGGGUACGACACCCCGUCUUCAUUUCCCUCCGUUUCUUCCGUAGGCUCGUUCUCAGGAAGCGACAUGCACGUGCGCAACGGUUCUGCAGGCAUGGAAAGCGACGUGCGGCAAGCGUCUUCUCUUGGAGGGCCUGGUGUCGACGCGGUCCAGUAUCCGCAGGGGCCUGGCGGUUACCAACGAUCGCAUGGGCGGGGUGAUCAUCGUCUGCAGCAUGCCCCGCCGGACCCAAACUCAUUCUACCCUGGAUCGCCCUUAUCAAAUGCGCACCGAUCAUCCUACGAGGAGUUCCCGAUGAGCGGCUCGCGGCCCAACUUGUACCACCCCUACAUGCCGUCGCAUUCUCCGAUGAACCACUCGCCUUUAACGAACGUGGUCACGCCCGCUUCGUUCGAGCGCGACAGGACUGCCGACGCUUCGCGAUCUUCGUCCAAAUUUGGCCGGCCAGCAGCUGCAGCGCGCUGAGCGAUCGGACCAUUCUACCGCAUAUAUUUCUUUCUUUGCUCUCGACGCAUUCCUUGGGUUAGCAUUCUCCUCUCUUUUUGCGCCUGUUACAUAAAUUAUACUGCUCUCGUUUCGGUUCCACUCUCAUCAUCACCUCAUCUCAUCGUCUCAUCCUCACGGACUUGCUUUUUUCUGCCGUUCUUUCUUUCUUUCGUACUUUCUGCUCGCCGUUGCACCACAACGAAUAAUCC